AUGGCGUCGCCGGAGAAAGGCGCGGUGACCAAGAACGGUGGCGAGGGGGAGGUGGAAACCGUGAUGAGGCGCCCCGGGAGGGUCCGCGUCGUGCACCCGGACGUGGCGGAGUUUCUCUCGAGCUUCCGUCACCUUCGAACGAAGAAGCCGAAGCCUGCGACGACGACGACGACGCCACCGACCGCCGGCGAGCGCGCGAGGUACGGUUGUGAGUUUGAGGACGAGGGGGAGGAGGGACGGCGAGGAGGGUUCGCGCCGGGGCGGCUGGUGUGGGGCAAGGUGAAGGGGCACCCGUGGUGGCCGGGGCAGGUGUUCGAUCCGGCGGACGCGUCGGAGCUGGCGCUGGAACUCCCCAGGAAGCGCGGCGCCACCCUCGUCGCCUUCUUCUGGGACAAGACCUUCGCGUGGGUCGACGCGGACGAGCUCCGCCCGUUCCGCGGCGGCUGCUUCGCGCGCGUCGACGGCCAGAGCGCCAUGCCGGCGCUCGCCGCCUCGGUGGACGCCGCGCUCGCCGAGGUGGCGCGCCGCGUGGGCGCCGGCCUCUCGUGCUGCUGCGCCAACGGAACCGUCGGCGGCGUCGCCAAGAAGCAGGCGAUGGAGAGCGCCGGCGUCCGGGAGGGAGCGUGCGGCGCGGCGGUCGACGCGGCCUUGGCGAGGGGCGCGUUCCGCGGCGAGGCCUUCGCCGGGUACAUCUCCGCACUGCCCUUGGCGCCGCUCGCCGGAGCCGACCGUCUCGACCUCGCCAUCGCCAGGGCGCAGAUGGAGGCGCUCGAUCGGUGGAGGGGCGCGGCGAGGCCCGUCCCCGAGUACACGUCUCACGACGGCAUCGAGGCCAAAGCCAUGGUGGCCGCGCCGGCGCGACGCCGCAAGAGAGGAAGACCAAGAAAGAACUCGACCUCUGACAACGUGGAGGAUGAUGCAUUGGAACUGGACAGUUUCGAACCAACACCACAGCCUCGGUCUCACCAGAUGUCCACAAAGAUCGGGAAGCUCAUGAGCCGCGCGGCGCAGCAGAUGUCGCAGUCACCGGCGGCGAGCCACCGUGGCACCGACGGCCAGGCGCCUCCUCCGGCGAUGUCACUUUCAAUGGCAAGGUGCACAAUGCCUGCAGAUGAGUCUCCUCCUCUCAAGGAGAAGAAUGGUGACCUCAAAGAUGAUCCUUUGCUGGCUGGACUGGUGCUGAAUUUCAUCUGCCCGAGUGCUGUUCUUCCUUUAGGUGACCUUGUGAAGAUCUUCAGCCAGUUUGGGCCGAUCAUGGAAGCCAAGACAGAGAAUUCAUAUGCUCUGGUGAUGUUCAAGAGGCGUUCAGAUGCUGAGGCUGCAUUUUCAGGCACUGCAAAUAUCGGUGUUCUUAGCUCCUCUCUGAUCAGCUUCCGUCUCAAUUACUCGAUGUCGGCUUCACCGAUUGAUCUUCCGGAGAGCACACUGAACACUGACAAGGAUCACCUCUUCUUUGAGAAUGUUCAGUAGCUACUUCAGUUUGAUGAAACCGCUUACUCAGGUCAUAGGAGAUGAGGAGACAGUGAACAGGUUACAAACAAGAAUUGUUCUUAAGUGAUACUCAGAAUCAAUAGGAGGCAGUGGAUUAAGUACGUUAUAUCAGUUCAUUAGGCUUUGUGUUGAAAUAGUCUGCUUAGUUACAUCUUUUUGGCAGACUUCUUUGGAGUGUUGUUUAAAUUACAUGCUGCAGAUGAGUUGCCAAUGGCUGCAAAAACGUCUAGGAUGUUUAUGUUUUAUUUUAUGUAUAUAUAUUUCUAUCUACAUUCUAGAUUCACUCUCUGAUAUGUCAGCUGAUUUGUUGAUACUCUA